AUGAAAAGGGCGGCUCUAGAGCAGCUGCAGCGUCUUCCGACGUACGAUCGGGCGAGGAAGGCUGUGCUUAGAGGGAUCACUGGAGGUUUCAAGGAGAUUGACAUGAAGGACCUUGACUUCGUGGAGACAAGAGAGCUUUUUGAUAGAGUGAUGACGAUGGAUGAGGAGGAUUGGCAUGGAGAGUAUCUAAGAAGGCUAAAGAGCCGUUUUGACAGAGUUUCUUUGAAUCUCCCAACGAUAGAAGUCCGGUUUGAGGAUCUGAACGUGACUGCGGAAGCAUACGUGGGAAGUGGAGCUGUACCUACAGUCAUCAACUCACUCGUCAGCGUUAUAAAAAGUGUUGGAGAUAAAAUUGGAGUUCAUCGGAUGAAAAGAAAGAGAAUGUCCAUUCUAAAGAAUGUGAGCGGGAUGAUCAAGCCCGGCAGGCUGACUCUACUUUUGGGACCACCGGGCUCUGGAAAGUCGACCCUACUUCAAGCAUUGUCUGGAAAGAUAGAGAGUGGACUAAAAUGUACAGGGAAAGUGACGUACAAUGGGCAUGAACUACAUGAGUUUGUGCCUGAAAGAACUGCCGCCUACAUUGGCCAAUACGAUGUUCACUUGCCGCGACUAACAGUUCGAGAAACAUUAAAUUUUUCCGCAAAAUGCCAAGGAGUUGGCACACGCUAUGAUAUGCUUGCGGAGUUACUGAGACGGGAGAAAGACUUCAAUAUCAAGCCAGAUCCUUACCUCGAUGCACUAAUGAAGGCGUCGGUUUUGAAAGGACACAAAGAGAAUGUGGUCACAGAUUAUGUUUUAAAGGUAUUAGGACUUGACAUAUGUGCUGAUAUGAUAGUUGGGGAUCAUAUGAAAAGAGGCAUCUCUGGUGGACAAAAGAAACGCGUAACAACUGGUGAGAUGUUGGUCGGACCAGUUGGAGCUUUAUUCAUGGACAACAUAUCAGAUGGUUUGGACAGCUCAACAACAUAUCAGAUUGUCAAGUGCAUCAAGCAAAUGAUCCAUGUGUUCGAUAAAACCGCUCUUAUCUCUCUUCUCCAGCCUCCUCCAGAGACAUUCGAGCUCUUUGACGAUGUCAUAAUUCUUGGAGAAGGCCGAAUAAUUUACCAAGGCCCUCGGGAAAAUGUCCUUGAAUUAUUUGAAUCUAUGGGUUUUAAAUGUCCCGAGAGAAAAGGAAUUGCUGAUUACUUACAAGAAAUCUUGUCGAGAAAAGACCAAGAACAAUAUUGGGCUAAUUUAGAGUUGCCAUAUCAUUAUGUAUCGGCAAGAGGAUUUGAGGAAGGCUUCAGAAGGUGUCAUUUGAGAAAUGCAGUGCGGUCUCAACUUGCAACCCCAUUUGAUCGAUGGAAAAAUCACAGAGCAGCCUUGGCAAGGACUACAUAUGGAGCUAGCAAGUUGGAGCUACUAAAGGCUUGCAUAGAACGAGAAUAUAUUCUAAUGAAUAGGAACUUUAGAAUCUUUGCCCUCAAGUCAUUUCAGCUCUUACUCAAUGGGACUAUAAUCGCAAUUGUGUUUUCUCAACAAAAACAAUACCACAGCACGUUAGAGGAUGGAAUCAUCUACAUGGGAGCUAUCUAUUUGGAAGUGCAGAUGGUUUUGUUCUCCGGGUUUUUUGAACUGCCAAUGACUAUUGAUAAGCUUCCAGUGUUCUACAAGCAACGCGGUUUCAGCUUUUACCCGUCCUGGGCUUUUUCUUUACCAGCCUCUGUCGUUAACUUUCCUAUAUCCUUCGUAGAGGUCUUCAUAGUGGUUUUAAUAACUUAUUUCGUCAUUGGAUAUGACUUAACCAUCUCAUCGAUCCUUAAACAUUACUUGAUUCUAGCAUUGUGCGGACAAAUGUCGUAUGGACUUUUUCGGUGUAUUGCUUCAGUGACUCGAAAUCAUGUGGUUGCAAACACAAUGGGAUGUCUUAUUGUGAUAUGGCUGAUGACUUUUAAUGGAUAUGUGUUAUCCCGAUGUCAAGUUCAUGAAUGGUUAACCUGGGCGUAUUGGACAUCACCAUUGAUGUAUAUCCAGACAGCUAUUUCGGUCAAUGAAUUCCAGAGCAAAUCCUGGAAACAUGAUCUUGGAGUAGCCAUCUUGAAAUCGCGUGGAUUUUUUGUAGGAACUUACUGGUAUUGGAUUGGAAUUUUAGCAUUGAUCAUAUCCACAAUCUUGUACAACAUUAUUACAUCUUUGGCUCUGGCUUUUCUUAAACAAUUUGGAGUAUCCAAGGUUGCGGUUUUAGCCGAUGAAUGCGAAGAAGCUACUAGCAACAAUAUGCUAAAGGGCCAAGGCUACCCAAGAACCAGGACACAACCAUUAUUUGGAAUGGGGACAACGAGAACUUGCAGCGACAAAAAGCUGCGUAUACCUUUCAAGCCUCUAUUCAUCACGUUCAACAAUAUCACAUAUUCUGUUGAUACUCCAAAGGCGGUGAAAGAAAAAGGCUUAAAAGACGAAAAACUAAUACUAUUGAAUGAAGUAAGCGGUGCUUUUAGACCGGGAGUUCUUACUGCACUUAUGGGGAUGAGUGGAGCAGGAAAGACUACAUUGAUGGAUGUUUUAGCCGGGCGCAAGAACACUGGAUACAUUCAAGGGGAUAUCAAUGUCUCUGGGUUUCCUAAAAAGCAGAACAGCUUUGCGCGUGUUUCGGGAUAUUGUGAACAAUUUGACAUCCAUUCCCCUCUAUUAACAGUCUAUGAGUCCCUUCUCUAUUCUGCAUGGUUGAGGUUACCCCCUAACAUCGACGCUCAUACUAGAGAGCUUUUUAUUGAAGAGGUCAUGGAAUUAAUAGAGUUAGAAGCACUAAGAGAGAUGUUGGUCGGAUAUGUGGGAGUUAGUGGGCUUUCGAAUGAGCAAAGAAAGAGAAUGACAAUCGCGGUAGAGCUUGUGGCCAAUCCUUCUAUUCUUUUUAUGGAUGAGCCAACAUCUGGCUUGGAUGCAAGAGCUGCCGCGAUUGUCAUGAGGACCGUUAGAAACACUGUUGACACUGGAAGAACUGUUGUAUGUACCAUCCACCAGCCGAGUAUCGAUAUUUUUGAAUCCUUUGAUGAGCUUUUAUUGUUGACGAGAGGAGGAGAAGAGAUCUAUGUGGGUCCAAUUGGCCACCAUUCCUCACAACUAAUUGAAUACUUUGAGGGAAUUAGAGGAGUGGGAAAAAUCAAGAAAGGUUACAAUCCUGCAACAUGGGCUCUUGAAGUGACAACAAGGGCACAAGAAGAUGUUCUUGGUGUCAGAUUUGCUCAACUAUACAAAAACUCAAAUUUAUACAGGAGAAACAAAGAUCUGAUAGAAGAACUGAACAAGGGAUCUCCUCAUGCACAAGACAUUCAUUUCUCAACAAAGUAUUCACAAUCCUAUCUCGUUCAGUUCCAAGCUUGCAUGUGGAAGCAAUACAAAUCAUAUUGGAGAAACGUUCCUUACAAUGCUGUGCGUCUCUGUUUCGCGGCUGCGGUUGGAAUCAUGAAUGGAGUCAUCUUCUGGAGCCUCGGCAAACGAAGGGGAACUAGACAAGAUAUAUUCAAUAACGUAGGCGCAAUGUCGACAAUUCUUAACUUCUUAGGCUCACAAAGUUCGGCAACUGUGCGUCCUGUCGCGAUAGCCGAACGUACUGUUUUUUACCGAGAGACCGUUGCUGGAAUGUACUCCGCUCUACCCUAUGCAUUUUCACAGGUGUUAAUAGAGAUUCCAUAUACAAUGGCUCAAGUUUGCAUCUAUGGAGUUAUCGUCUAUUCGAUGAUUGGAUAUGAAUGGACUGCUACCAAGUUUUUCUUAAACUUAUAUUUUACCUUCAUCACCGUUCUAUACUAUAUCUACACCGGUAUCAUGCUCACUGCCAUAAGUUCUAAUCAAGAAACCGCUGCGAUACUCAAUGGUAUCAUGUCCACAUCGUUGAACGUCUUUUCAGGAUUCACCAUUCCUCGUCCUAGAAUGCCGGUGUGGUUGAGAUGGUUCCCGUAUGUGAAUCCAGCGUGGUGGGGAUUAUACGGAAUGACCAUAUCUCAAUACGGAGAUGUAGAGACAAAGCUUGAUACAGGUGAGACGGUUGUUGAGUUCAUGAAAAAUUAUUAUGGUUAUGAACACGACUUCUUGUUGGUUGUCUCACUUGUCCUCAUCGCCUUCUCUUUCCUUUUUAUCUCUAUCUAUGCUUUCUCGGUUAAGACUCUGAAUUUCCAAAAGAGGUGA